UCUCACUUACAAAGACACCGAAAGCGGGGGACCAAAAUUCCAUGAAUUUUAUUUUAUUUAUUAAACAGUUAUUGGUGUGUCUGCGUUACCUAGCAAAGGGAGAUUUCCAGUCAGAAUGCGCAGAUUUACACGGAAUAUCACAGCCUACGGUCUCAAGGAUUAUUGGGAGUGUUUUGCUGGCCUUAGAUUCUGAACUAAAUAAUGUGAAGUUUCCCACAACAAAUGAGGAAAUCAUCAAGACUAAAACAAAGUUUUUCAACAUAGCAAAUUUUCCCGGAGUAAUAGGAGCUGUUGAUGGCACUCUGGUCCCAAUUUUAUCGCCAAAAGAAGAUGAGUUUGCAUUUGUAUGCAGGAAGGGCUUUCAUGCCCUUAAUGUCCAGGGGGUCGUCGACGCAACGUUAAGAUUCACAAAUUAUGUGUGCAAGUGGCCUGGCUCAGUGCACGACAGCUUCAUUUUUCGAGAGUGUCGCCUGUAUGAGCUCCUACAAAAUCAACCUCUUGGAUGGUUACUUGGCGACUCAGGCUAUGCCCUUAAGUCCUUCUUGAUGACGCCGAAGAAUAACCCUCAAACCGAGGCAGAAGAAAAGUACAACAGGGCUCACAGUCAAACAAGGAUAGUUGUUGAAAGGGCGUUCGGCGUCCUUAAGUCUAGAUUCAGAUGUUUGCACAAGACAGGAGGUUGCUUGCCUUUUGCACCCCAUAAAUGCAUCAAGGUCAUAAGUGUUGCUAUAAAACUUCACAACUGGUGUAUAGACAAAAAGAUCCCUUUACUGGCCUCUGACUGCUGCCAGGACCCACAGGAUGAUGCUGAGAAUGACAUCGAGAUUAACAUUGAUCGGGACGGAUCCCAGCAAAGAGAAAGACUUGUCCAAUUAUUUGCUUGA